UUUUCCUCCAUUCUUCAUCUUUCUUUAGCCUACUGUUUCCUAAAUAAAAUCUUUAAAAAUCACUUGGCGCCAGGUUUUUUACUACCCAGUAUUCUUGCUCUAAUCGCUAUAACGUCAUGCACUUUUCCAGGAGGUCCACAUCCCUUUUACUGCUGUUGGUUGCGCCCCCUUUGAUUGCUGCUGCAAACAGUCAUGUUCCAAUAGAGUAUCCAGAGGGGGCUGCGGUAGCAGGGACGAAGAAGGAUGUCACCCCUCCACCUAAUCCUAAGACACCUUACAAGAUUUCGAACACCCAGUCAGGAGCCGGGACAUUGAGAUCGAAAGCGGAGGGCACGGCGGAUGCGCCUGUUGAUGGUCUUGAUGGGAAGCCACACGACGGUCCGGGCCUGUACCCGGGAGCGGAGAAGGGGUCGGGAGAGGUUGGAGUUUCUGGCGGUAGGGCCAGCGUUGACAUCAAGAAGCCGCCGCCACAUACCGGCGAGCACGAGAUCGUUGAGAUCGAGGAACCGGCGGAGGGUGACGAUUCGGCGGUAAGGUUCUCGCAUGCGGGGUCGUGGAGAUGGUUGAAAUGCUGGUGAGCUGAUUGGGGGUUCCGGCACAGAUCAAAAACCCAAAGAGCAAAGACAAGGACGCCAAAGAUGACCCGUCAGCUCCCAAGCCACCGGUGCCGAAGGCUGGCCACCAAGAAUACACAGGGUCACAGGGCGAUACCGUCAAGUAUGGCGGGCCUCCGGUCGAGAUCCCGAAACACCUGAAGCCCGCGGAAUUAGAAGCUGCCGAUUUAUCUGGCAUCUCCCAACCUUUCCAUUCUUUUGCCUUGUCCUUCAUUAUGAUUAUCUUCUCGGAGAUUGGUGACAAAACAUUUUUGAUUGCAGCUCUAAUGGCAAUGAAGCACCCCCGGGUGCUGGUAUUUACAGCAGCUCUCAGCUCUCUGAUUGUCAUGUCGAUUCUAUCGGCAGUUUUGGGCCAUGCCGUUCCUACAUUAAUUCCGAAACGAUUUACCAACUUUCUUGCUGCUGGUCUCUUCCUUGUCUUCGGAGUGCGUAUGGUAUUGGAGGGUCUUAGAAUGGAAAAGGGCACUGCCAACGUGCAGGAGGAGAUGAAGGAGGUUGAACAGGAGCUUGAGGAGAAGGCUGCUGGGCGUGAAAGGGGGGCAUCUAUCUCCCGAAAUCUCGAAUCAGGCCUGGUCUCGUCGCCGUCCCGCGGCGGACUUGGGAUUCAUCGAUCUACGUCGUCCCCAGCAUUGUCUGACUCCGACGAAGAUGACUAUGAGCGCGCUAGAGGGAAGAGUGGGUCUGGGAAAGCACGAAUGACAUCCUUGGAAGGAAUUCAAAACCUUGCCGGGCUAUUGCUAUCGCCCGCCUGGGUCCAAACAUUUGUAAUGACUUUCUUGGGGGAGUGGGGGGAUCGUAGUCAGAUUGCUACUAUCGCCAUGGCUGCUGGGCAAGAUUACUGGUACGUUACUGUCGGAGCUAUCUCUGGGCAUGCCAUUUGCACUGGUAUUGCAGUGGUCGGCGGUAGAAUGUUGGCAAGCCGCAUCAGUGUCCGGAAUGGUGAGCCAUAUCUCCAUAUCUGCUUCUUGUCGGGCAAAGCUAAUACGUCUGGCAGUAACCUUGGGUGGGGCUGGUGCGUUUUUGAUAUUCGGUAUCAUAUACCUGUGCGAGGCGUUUUAUUUUUAGGGAGAGGGAAAGGGUGGCGACAGUCAAUUGUUUAACUGUUAGAAAGCAGAGGGAAAAAAUGAUCACUUCUGUAAAGAUUACUAGGGACCUGUUUUAUUUUUUUUAAUUCUGAAUUGGCGUUUUUCUCUUCUCUCUUCUCCCCCUCCUUGGGCUUUUCCUCCCCUCUUUUUUUCAAGAAACAAAACAAAACUGUAUCUCCCAAAAGGACCCUAUUAUUGCAAUACCUUAUCCUUUUUAUUUUAUUUUAAACUCGGGCUUUAUUGCUCCUGCUUGAGGUUGGGGUUCUUUUCUGGGUUUUUUUUUUGGUUUCUGUAUUAUGUUCUUUUGUUUAGCUUGCUGUUCUAGACUUGCAGGUACCCUUUUGGCAGGGCAGGGCGGAAUGGGUUUGGGGGUUCGGGGAAGACGGGCCAUCAUAUAAUGUAAUUAUGCAAAUUGAGUAUGGUAUGCUGUGGUGUG